UGAUUUCGCUAUCUAGAGCGACUGUUUCUAUACGGAUCAACACCGUUCGCCUACACUUAGUCGUGGCAGGGACUUUAGGUAGCGCUAGGAGUUUCGAUCCUUUGUAGAGGUUUGUGUACCGUGAUUAUGAAGAAUACGUAUACGGGAAGUGUAUUGUGGUUGUGUCUUCUCUUGUCGGCGGUGCUCUCAGCUGAGAUAUCAGAUCUGAAAUGUCCUCAUUUCUAUGAUUUGGAAAAUGGCAAGUUUAAGAAGUAUUUAAGAGACGUCGAUCAUGUCAUGGAAUUUGGCUGUAAUGAUGGAUAUCGCCUUAAUGGCAUGGCAAGAUCUACUUGCAUGCGGUCAUCAGACAAUGUACUGUACUGGACUCACCCUCUUCCGAAAUGUGUGCAAGUUGUACCAUGUCCAUUACCGCCACAGCCGAAGAAUGGUGUAUGCCAGGAGACUGGAUUAACAGUUGGCAGCAAUGUUAAUUGUUCUUGCAACGCUGGACAUUUUAUGAUGGGACACUCGUUGGGAACUUGCUUGAAAAAUGGAAUGUGGAGUAACAGCGGCAUCACAUGUCAUCCGGUAUCUUGUCAAUCACUGCCACAACUGAAGAAUGGUGUGUGCCAGUGGAAUACAUCAACAGUUGGCAGUGAAGUUGAUUGUGCUUGCAACGCUGGACAUGUUAUGGUGGGAAACUCGUUGGGAACUUGCUUGGAUAAUGGAAUGUGGAGUAACAACGGCGUCAGAUGUGAUCCUGUAUCCUGUCAAACACUGCCACAACUGAAGAAUGGUUUAUGCCAAGGGACUGCAUUAACAUUUGGCAGUAAAGUUGAUUGUGCUUGCAAUGCUGGACAUGUUAUGGUAGGAAAGUCGUUGAGAACUUGCUUGGAUAAUGGAAUGUGGAGUAAUAGCGACAUCACAUGUGAUCCUGUAACUUGUAAAGUGCCACAGCUGAAGAAUGGUGUAUGCCAGGCAACUGUAACUGCGGUUGGUAGUAAAGUUAAUUGCCAUUGCAACGAUGGACAUCUCAUGGUAGGAAGCUCAUCUGGAACUUGCUUGGAUACAGGAGCAUGGAGUAACAUCGACGUUGCGUGUUUUCCAGACCACUUGUCGUCUCUGAAGUGUCCAACCCCAUUUCCACCAGUGGUCAAUGGUUAUGUUAACUAUACCAGUGUGAAUGUUGGAAACACAGCAUCAUUUCAAUGUGAUCACGGAUAUGUAAUUAAUGGAAGGACGACUCUAACUUGUACAGUGCAAAACUUAGCAGCUGUGUGGUCAGAUAAUCCACCAACUUGCAAUCUGAAAUAUUGUCCUAUGUUGUCUGUACCGCCGAAUGGCAACUUAUCAACGUUUGAGCGUCAUUAUGGUGUUUCUGUAACUUACAUCUGUCAUUCGGGAUUUGCAAUGAGACAUGGCAAUGAAAAUAGAACGUGUCAAAGCUCAGGCCAGUGGAGCGGCACUGCACCUUAUUGCCAUCAUGAAUGCGUACACCAGUCAAGUUGCAGAGUAACAGAAGAUUGUGUAGUUGACAGCAAUGGCCAAGGCGGCUGUGAAUGCAUAUCAAUAGCGCAGUGUCCUUCUGACUUUAAUCCAGUUUGUGGCACUAACGGUAAACAGGCGAACAACAAAUGCCUUUUGAAAGUUCAAUCGUGUCACGACAACAAACACGACGUGGACGUGGCUGCAAAUGGAAACUGUGAAUUUGGUGGAGUGUGUGGUGCUGGCAUGCCCAGUCCGCCUGCAGGAAACACGUGUCGAGUUAUGGCCUAUCGUUAUUGGUUUAAUUCUACUUCUCAACAGUGUGAACGGUACGCUCAUGGAAGCUGCUUUGAAGGACACAAUACCUUCUUUACACAAUCUGACUGUGAACAGAAAUGCAUUCAAACUGAUGUUUGCAAGCUUCCUUUUGAUGUUGGGAGAUGCAACUAUUUGAACGAAAAGAGAUACUUCUUCAACACGACCACACAACAGUGCAAGUCAUUCACAUAUGGUGGAUGCUUUGGAAAUGAAAAUCAUUUCUAUACGGAGCAACAGUGCAAGAACAAGUGUACAUGUGUAUCACCUCUUAGUUUGGUGAAUGCCCAGAGUAGUCGUGAUGCAGUUAUCUUGCUGCGCAUUUCCUCUGUUAGAAAAGUCAAGAAUAGUGAAGUGAGCUACACAGUGAAAGUAACAGCUGUGUGUAGUUCAGGUCAAGGUGUAUCGAUUCGUUUGGAUGCCACCAAGACAUCACUGCAGGUGGUGGAAUCUACACAGGGUCAUCUUCAGUGUCCUCAGUUCGUGAAAGGAAAGACCUAUGGAGUCGCAGUCAAUCAAGUGUCCUCUUCGGCUGACCUGCAGGAGUUGAAAGUUACUAAGAGUUUCUAUGUGGAAGAGACAAUGACUUGUCCUAGUUAAUAACUUAUGUUAUGUGCUUGAUCAUCUAGUAGGGAGGUGAACAGUUUACAUGCAAUAUCAGAUACAUUUUGUAUAGUGUAGUGAGAACUGUAGGUUUUGUUUAAUUUUACCGUGUUGAUUUGCUGCUAAACCAUUUAGAGCUUUGUGCUACUUAUCUAAACCAGAGCCAUAUAACAAUAGAGUGAGACAGAGCCGUAA